GUUACUGCGGCGGAUGUUGAUGUUUUGUUUCAGAGCUCUCAGAACGAUGUGAAACUGUAUCGUCUCCGGGACUGCUCGAUAUUUUUGUGGCCGUCUUCCCGAUACUUUUUGUCCUAUUUCUCUGUAAGGUUUCGCUGUUUGUCGGCAUCGUGUCUCUCCCGGUGUCUUUCCCGGGAAGCGCGAGGCCGAGUCGUGCGAUGAUGGAGGACUUUGACGAGAUCUACGAAGAGGAGGAGGAGGAAGAGGAGGACGAGGACAGGGCCGCGGAAGAACAGCUCCUUAAGUACGCUCCGGACCCGGUAGUGGUGCGAGGGUCCGGCCACGUAACUGUGUUUGGACUCAGUAACAAAUUCGAGUCAGAAUUUCCUUCAGCACUUACAGGAAAGGUGGCACCAGAGGAAUUCAAAGCCAGUAUCAAUCGUGUGAACAGCUGCCUCAGAAAGACGCUCCCGGUGAAUGUGCGGUGGCUUCUGUGUGGUUGUCUUUGCUGCUGUUGCACACUGGGCUUCAGUUUGUGGCCCGUCAUCUGCCUCAGCAAAAGGACAAGAAGAUCUAUAGAGAAACUUUUGGAGUGGGAAAACAGCAGACUUUACCACAAGUUGUGUUUGCAUUGGAGACUAAGCAAAAGGAAGUGUGAAACCAACAACAUGAUGGAAUAUGUAAUCCUAAUAGAAUUCCUACCUAAGGUCCCGAUCUUCAGACCGGACUAGCCUGACUACAGCUGAUCUGAAACUUCUUCUGCUGCCCGCCGCUGUCACAGAUUCAUGAUGGCUGUAAAGUUCCCAAAUAAUUACAGUUCCUUAAAUACUCCAGCAUUUAUGUUUACAUUUAUUCUCCCUGUUUUCUCUUGGACCCAUUCCCUAUAACAUAUCUACAGCCUUGUUUACAAAUGCAGCAGCCCCAUACUUUUUUUUUUUCUUUUUGGGAGUGACAUUACCAUUGAACCUUGGCCAGCUGGGCAAACUUAUAUCAGCCUAUGGGAUGUGAGGGGAGAACCAGCCGUGGACAAUUUUCUUGAUCUUUGGAACUAUACCUGGAGACUAGACUCUCAAAUUGGGUUCUGGGAGCCACGACUGGAAAUUUGUCACUUUUAUGUUUCCUAACCGAAGCACAUGGCACAGACAGACCAUGAUAAAAAAAAAAAUAUCAAUCAAUAAAACACUUUCAUAUGUUACACCACCAACUUCACCUGCAAAAAAUACACGCCAGUGCAUUUGUAACAGUUGGUUUGGUGCUUUCGAUUUGUUAAAGGCAGAGGAAGCAACGCAACACUGAACUUCAAAAGAGCCUUCAUCCAAAUCAACGCUGUAGCGGAACGUGGGGGUCCUGCGGGAACAUGUUGGGCCAGUGGCAAAAACAGCUGAACUCAAUGACUAUUCAAAUACCAGGCAUCCUCUGGCCUCUUUUCACGUCACUUCACUGUGCAUCAACCUAACCCAGUGACAAUCACACACUCUGACUGUACUGUAUGAAUGGGUCUUUAUGCUACACAGAUUACGUGGAACAGUUUGUUUUAAACGUGUGUCCAGGUGGUGGGCUGACUCUUGAAGAGACGGCCACCGGUGUUGAAGAAAAGCUUGUUUUGUUUUCUUGUUUUCUUUGUUUUUAGCAUUUGAAGGUUUGUUUUCUGUUUUGUUGAAAGAAAAGAUGGACAGUGUUUGCAAAACUUUUGUAUGUGUGUCAAACAUAAGCAAAAAAAUAACCAAAAUUGGACAAAUCAAACACAGGAUACUCUUCUUUGGUAAUGGAAAAAAAAUACUUCAAUCUUUUUGUUUAAGUAAUUUAUAAAUGUGAGCGUGCAUUGGUGAAAUAAGCAUCUUUUGUGUAACUGCAAAGGAAUGCCUUGGUUGUUUUAUUUCUCUCUGGGGUCUUGUGUCGUGACUAAAGCACACAAUCGCUUUGUACAUAAGAGAGGCCAAGUAAAGGUGUUGAUUAUCUGCUGACCUUGGCUUACUCGCGUCUAAAGGAUGUGGAUGUGUACAAGGCAGAUAUUCUGUUUUAGAUGUAAACUUACUCGAGAUGAACAUAAAGAAUAAGAGUUCCACUUUGUGAGGUGUUAUGUGGUACAAGUGAUCUGUGUCAUGAAGCAGGAUUUGGGCGUUCAAUAUAGUAUGGAGAAUCUCAAACAAUCAACAAGGAGAUGAAGCAGGUCUAAUAUGUGUAAAGACGUUAUCAGCCCUACUCUGUUCUAUGAGGCGUUUUUGUCUUCCAGUGAGUUGUUGUGGUUUUCUGUCCUGAAAGCAUUACUACUUUGGUUCACUGUCACCGUUCCUUAUUAGUCUGGUUUGAACCAGUUGUUUUCAGAGAAAAAGUUCAGACUGUACACAGUCUGCUAACAUGUAAACAUGCCUCUCUUUCCAGCAGAAGUUGGUGAACACCAGUAACAGACCUCAAAGGGAAGUAACAAAAUGCACUCCAUAUUGUAUUCAGCAUGAUUUAAAGUGAGUGAAUAAGAAAUUAAGUAGUAAAGUGUGUAUACAGGUCUGAUUAGAUUGCGGUUUUUCAAAAGACUUCUGUAGGACCUGAACUCUUCUUUUUUUUUUGGUAAAUCACAACUGAGUGCAGGUUUAUGGCUCUUCCACAUUGGCUUCAUUUUUUUUCAGGUCUUGAAGCUAUGUCCAUCUUUUAUAUCAUCUAUAGUUAUCAGCUAGCCUGACAAGCAAGGGCCAUAUUUAGCAGAAAUACCUGCUAAAUAAUAGGCAGUUAUUAUUUGUCACGUAAAUUCAUUAAAAACACUCCAGGUUUGAGUGCCGCAAACAUGGUUAAAAGGUCUUUUGGAGCCUGCCUCAAGUGGUAAUAUGAGGAGCUGCAGCCGGUGGCAGUUCAGUGUUAGCAGGAUUUUUCAGUCCUCUUUGUGAUAAAAUAUUAAUUAUGAAGCCUUGUUUCUGAGUUAUUUAGCCUAUAAUCCUGCUUCAUGAUGGUUACUUCAACAAAUGUUUCCAUGUCACAGAUCACAACGUGAAGCACAUCACAUACCUUGCACAUGUUUGACAUUGACAAAGAGAGGAACAGAUGGAAAUCUGAAAGAAGGCCUUUUUGAGUAGAUUGCAUAAUUGUCUUUCCCUGCUCCGCACACCUUUGUGAAAGCAUAAGAAGACUAUGAGGUUAUGUAUGUCAAGAAUUUGAGCUAAGCCACUUAGUUUUUGUUCACUGAGGUCUGGUGAUUGCAUGGAUCACAUUCAGGGGAUUGCACUAGAUUUUGAAAAGCCCCAAAAUGUAGCAAAAUCUCACUGUUACACCAGGGUGUCGCAUAUAGUACACACAUCACACAUUACUUUGAGUAAUUGCUAAACGAUGCAUUUGAAGAUUUGGAAAUAUCCCUGAGAAAAAAAAAGAAUAACCUUUAGAACAUUUCUGUGGUCUUCCUAUUUAGAAAAGUGAAGGAAGCACAUGCACCAACACAAAACAGAUUUAGCGUUUUUAUGUUAAAAGACCCAAAUUCACUUGAUUACUGCUGGUUUGCCUGUCGGUUCAUCUGUCACUUUUCUAUACUUUGAACUGUUCUGUGUAAAGCGAGGCAUAGGGCCGUAUGCAUAUUUGUGGUGUGUGUGCAUGAUGUUUGCAGAAGCAAAUGUUCCGAUGUAGAUCUGACUGUGAUGAAAACCUGCACAAAAAUGAGUCCUUUUUAUAUAAUCUUGAGUGGUCGUAUGUGUGCGUGUGUGUGUCUGAGAGACAGAAAAUGUAUAUACAUGACUCAUGAGCAGAUGUAUGUACAGGAAUAAACUUAAUUAAACAAAGGUAUGGA